AUACAUUUUCUGUUUUGUUAUUUUCACAAGUGCGGCACUUCUAUUGUUCUUGAAGGAAGGACUUUUUUUUCAAGUGAAGCUUCGAUUUGGGCGAGAGAAGGAGGAAGUUACUGAGUUUGACUGUCUAAGACCCUCUACCCACAUCAAGUAUCAGUCUCUCCCAUGCCAUCUGCAGUCUACAAUUCAGUCUGCAACCGGACAUCAGACAAUUGAUCAUUUCAAGAGUCAGCAAUAUGUUUCAAAUAUAACGCUGCGAUACAGACAACACUGGACACAGCAAAGGGCACCCACUGAAGCGAUGCCUGGAAGUGAGGCAGUGGCACAGGGCAGCUCUGCAUCCAGCAGGGGGCAGCAGGUGGCGCAGGGAGGAGAGCGUCUGAGCAGGAGCACCCCUCAAACAGGAGAGCACAGCCCCCGCGAGCCCCCAAAUCAAGGCAUCAACCAGACCCACUUUCCUGUUAUGAUGGUUGGACCCAGAGCAACGCUGAUCAGCUCCUCCCACCUGCAAGCUCUCAUCCUUCAACAGUGCGCAGGGGACCCUCUCAGGAAGCAGCUGCUCCAGCUCGCCCAGCAGAGACCCUCCGUCCUGCGGGGAGGAGGACGCCAAAACCAGCCCCUUUGCCCCGUGCAGCCAGGAGCGUCUCCGGCUUCCAAUCUGGCUCAGCCCUGUCAGGACUCAAGCCCAGCCCACAGCUCUGACUCCUCACUGUGCAAGAACGAGCCAGGAGGCAGCCGCAGUGUGCCCUCCCCCCACCAGGGAGCCUCGGCACGCAGCUCCCCCACCCCGAGGAGACUCAGCCCCGCUGUGCAGACAGCCAGGAACCACAGCCCCACUCAGAAGGUGUCGGAAGCCUCCAGCACUCUCUUUGUGAGCGGCCUGUGCAAGUGGCCUGGCUGUGAGGAAGUGUUUGAGGAAUACGGACAGUUUAUCAAACACCUGCACAGAGACCACAGUCCAGAUGAGAAGAGCCUGGCUCAGUGGAGAGUGCAGAAGGAGGUGGUGCUGCAGCUUGAGAACCAGCUUACUGUAGAGAGACAGAGACUGCGGGCCAUGCAGCUGCAUCUCCACUUCACAGAGCACAGACUGAGCACCAGCAACACAAAAAUGCGGGAAGCUUCUGAGAACUCCUUCUUGGCACAUGGUUUCCCUUUGUCUCAACCCCGCCUCCAAGAGAGAUCCUCAGCCAAUCAUAAAGAGGCAGCGGAGGUGGGUCGGCAUGGAUACUGGCACCUGCCUCCCAUCCCUUUCAUGCCAGAAAUGGUUCCCAGUAUGGACUAUUACAAGUAUAGCAAUAUCAGGCCACCGUUUACUUACGCUUCACUGAUCAGAUGGGCAAUCCUGGAGUCCCCAGACAAGCAGCUGACCCUGAACGAGAUCUAUCAUUGGUUCAUGAACAUGUUUGCCUUCUUCCGAUUCAACACUGCCACCUGGAAGAAUGCAGUGAGACACAACCUGAGCCUUCACAAGUGCUUCGUUCGAGUGGAGGGAGGGAAGGGCGCUGUGUGGACGGUGGACGAGACAGAGUUUCAGAGGAGACGGGGACAGAAAUUCAACAGAGAUCAAGAUGUGAAGUGGUUGGGUCCCUAUGCUUACCUCUGCCCUCAGGAGCCGUGGUCUGUCUCCCAGCCUGGCUCCAGUUGAAACAACAGGAUACCUCUCGCACAAACUCUCACCCCUCGACCGCAACUGGAAACCAGCGAUAACGAGAUCAGCAGAUGGUGCUAACUAAAUAACUUAAGGAAAUCUUAUCUAAUCUGAAUCACCAUCUCUUCCUAGAUCUCACAUUUCUUAUCGAAAGACACAUUAUGAUAAAGAGUAGUGGUGUUAUUUUGAUAGCGACUGUAAUCAAUAAAACUGCCGAACUUCUCCUUCACUCUUUUCCAUUCUGCUGUUCCUGUUGAAGGGACCAGGUCGACACACGCGAGAUAUUUCUGGGAGUUAGAGUCCUUGUAGGAAAAACAAUUCUGAAAGGUUUUUUUUUUUUUUUUUGGUUAAGAGUAAAACCUAAAACAUAAUUUCUGUUUCUAUUCCUGUUUGAGUGACGCAAUAAGUAUCUGAAAUGUGUCAUUUAUAACCCCCAGCCGCUGCAUGUAGCCUGCCCAGUUGGCUAUAAAAAUACUUAUUAAUCACACUAAACUGUUACAUUUAUGUUUUACUUUAAAAAAAAAAAAAACCUGCAGAUUCAUUUAAAUUAUUUUCAGCA